UCGAGAUCUCCACAAAAUUGCCCCACCUCUGGUUCUUUUUCUUAGUAUUUUGUCGCUUUGUUUCUCCACUGAACUCUGAAGGAACACUGAGCCAAAGUUCGUGUUCGCUGGCGGAAAUAAACCCCGUGCUCCGCGUUUUUCACCGCCGGGACGAACGGAGGAAUGACGUAUCUUGCAUGCGGGUGAAAAGCUUUCACGACUUUCUCGGAAGCACAAUAUGCACACCUGUCAUUUUUCUUCUGUUUUGAUUCUUUCUGGUGCCUUGAUAAUUUGUACCGAAGCGUCUCAUGUUCCGAUGCUUUUCUGCGGAGGGAGAACUGUAUGACGACAAGAGGGUACACCGCAAAUGCACCGCCUCACUCACAAGAUUCUCCGUGUGCAUGUGUGUAAACAAGUAAUACAGUCCUGCCACUUGUUUUUCCGCCUCAGCAGAUUGGCAUUUAUCUGAAACCCGCAACAUAAACACAUGCGUCUCUACGCGUAUAGUUACCGGCGAGUUCCCAGUCUCGACCCGGUCGCAGCUCUAGUUCGUGACACCUUGUUUCUUUGAGUCGGUUUGCCGUGAAGUCAUCGAUGUGUUUAAAAGAGACAGAAUUUUCAAGAAGUGUGUACGACGUCGAUGGCCAACACAGUUUGCAUCUUUUCCCGUCGAAAGUAAAAUGUCCGGCUCGAAGCAGACUGCGCUGUCAGCCUUAGAAAAAAUCAGGAGGCAACGGCGCGGAGAGGCCAAAGCCUCUGAACAGUAUGAAGUCAAGGACGAGAACGCUGAAAUCUAUGAAACUGUGACAGAGGAGGAUUACCAGCGCUUGAAGCAGACCCGUCGUGCUCAAGAGUGGAUCGACGGGGAGGGUUACAGUGACGAUGGCGAGGAGUGGUGGGCAUCCAAUAGUGAGGACGAAGACGACGAGGAGGACGAGACAUCUCGAAGAGGCAAGAGACGAAAUGACGGUGAACGAGAAGCAAGGAAGCCCAAGAAACCACGGAAUAAUGCUCUCGCUGCGGCGGCUGCAGUCGCCGCUGCCACGGCCGAGGCCCAGGGCAUGCGUUCCCUCGUCCAGCACUUCAGUGCAAUUUCUGCGGAGACGCAUGCCAAGCAAGAACAAAAUAUGGUGACGAAGCGCUACAUGGAGUCUCUUCAGUCGGCGGAUAAACUGUUUGACGAAGAGGAAGAGGACUCGAGCCCAAGGGUCCAUGUUUCUUGCCCAGGCGAGAACUCGUCGCUUCCCGAAAGGACCCGCGGUCCUCAAGAGGGUGGAAGCGGAACUGCACAGGCCUCGCGGGAGCAAGUGGGGGCGUCUUCGGCGAAUGUGGGCGACAGAGAGAGGGGGCGCAGGCCCCCAGAGAGGGGAACUGGGGUAGAGGGAAAGAGCGGGUGGACGGGCUCGGGACGAAACCAGAGCGGUGCAUGCACUCUCGCGGGUGCCUCCUCGUCGUUUCUUGCCCAGUUUGGCGUUGGGCGGGCACCGGACAGAUCCUUCGCACAAGUGGGCGACAGCGCAUAUCAUCCGGCCGCGGCGGAGGGCCCUGCCGGACUCUCUGGGGGCUUAAGAGGAUUGCAUGUCUCGCCUUCGAGCAGUGAGCAAGAUGCGCACGCGUCCCCACCUGAGGGCCAAGACUCGACGCCUGCCAGUGCGGAACUGCCUGGGGUCAAUGUGGGCGCCGGGGACGGGAUCCUCCGAGAGCAUGCAGAGGGUGACGAAGCAGACUCAGCCGUCGCCGACGGCGAAGAAGAGGAUGGGGAGGGAGACGAGGCAGAGGGCGAAAUGCAGGACACGCUCUUCAAGGCGACGGGCGAGUACGCUGCAGGUGGACCUAUGCUGCCAAAGCGGGGUUUGACGCUGUUUAUGCAGGACGACCCGGAGAGCGAGACAAAGACGGCAGCAGAGACACAGGAUAGAGGCGCCCUCGGUUCCGCUGCAGGCGACCAAGGCUCCGACAACCAGCUGCCAGUCUGCGAGGACGGCACCCUCCCUUUUUACUUUCUAGAUGCGUGGGAAGAAGCUGGGACGCUCUACCUGUUCGGGAAGGUGUGGCCCGCGGCGGCCAAGCGAGAAAAAGAAGGCGCGGAGGGGACCAUCCCCCAGAAGUACCGCGGCUGUCCGCCUCAAAGUUGCUGCGUUGUCGUCCGAGACAUGAUGGUUCCGCUCUUCUUCCGGACCCGGGAGCAGGUGGAGAUAACCAGCUCACUGGCGGGGCUCCUCGAGGGAGAGAGCGAGGAGAAUCCGAAGGACGACGCCGACGCUUCCGAGGAGCGUGAGCAGGAGCUGCGGCGGAGAGUCGAGCGCCGCAUGGAGAUCACGAAGGCCUUUUUCAAACAGGAUUUGCCGAAGCUGAAACAGAAAUAUCGGUGGCGGAAAGUCGCGAUCAAGGGCGUCUUCCGGCACUACGCCUUCGACGCGCCAGAUGUCCCGCGAGGCCGCAACCAGACCUUCGUAAAGGUGUUCGUUCCGGCGAGCGCGCCGACGUUGAAUCCUGAGGAUUUGGAGGGCGAAACGUACUCCCACGUCUUCGGGGUUGGCCAGUCUCUGAUUGAGUUGCUCCUCGUAAAGCGCCGGAUCAAGGGACCGUGCUGGCUGCGCAUCGAAAACUUCUCGAGGCCUGCGUCCGCCUUCGAGCAUUCGUCCUGGUGCCAACAUGAGGUGUACAUCCACUCGCACAAGGACGUGCGUCUGUGGAACGCGUUCAACAAGGCGACGCAGGCGCGAUACCCGGACGGGCCUUUGCCGCCCCCUCCCCCGCUGACCGUCGUCUCUCUCUCGGCGAAGAGCGUCCAGGUUCCAUCGGGGCCAGGCGCCGCGAGCCAUCUCGACACGGACCGGCAACUAGCCAUGGCAUCCUUCUUUGUGUACCGCGACGCGAACAUCGACGACCAGAAUGCGCAGCCGCGCCUCAGCCCCCAGAACGUUUUCUGCGGGAUUCGGCGCGUGCGAACUGCGGGCGGGGCGACGGCUCGCGUGAACGCAGAAGGUUUGCCGCUACAGUUCUACGAGCAAUGCACGAAGCAGGGCUUCGGGGUCUUUGACGCAGAGAAGACGCUCUUGCUGAACUUCAUCAACCGCCUCGCCGCCGCCGACCCCGACAUCCUCGUCGGCCACAACGUCUACGGCUCAGACUUCGAGCUCCUCGGUCAGCGAUGUGCCGUCCACGGCUUGCCCGUGUGGCAUCGGCUCUCGCGCCUGAAACGUCCGAAGCACGUGAAGCCACGAGCGGCGAGUGCUUCUGGCGGCAGCGCGGCCCGCCGCGAGGGCCUCGAUGGGAGCUUCGGAGCCUCGGGUCUGUGGGGCGGGCGCCUCCUCACGGUCGGCCGCCUCGUCUGCGACACCUACAUGCAGGCCCACGAGUUGCUGGGACACCGAGUGAACUACGACCUCGUACCGCUCAUGCAGGAUCUCUUUCUCGCCUCGCCGGCGCAGCAGCCUGCAGGGGGGGCGCCGACGUCGGUUUGGGAGGCGAAAAUUCAGAAAGACAUUCGCGCGCUGAAGCCUUUCCCGCAACCGCCGGAACUCCUCGAGUUCUUCCAGCGCCGCGAGCCCCAGCCCCUCCUGGUGUGCCUGCAGAUGUGCGUCCAGGAGACCUUCAUGACGGUCGUCCUGUGCUGGCGCCUCAACUGUCUCCCCCUCACUCGCGAGUUGACAACAAUUGGCGGGAACCUCUGGGCACGAUCUCUGCAGAACCAGCGCGCAGAGCGAAAUGCUUUUCUGCUGCUCCACGAGUUCCACCGCGAAAAGUUCAUCUGUCCCGACAAAGACGAUCCGUACGCCCGUGGCGCGCCUGUUCGGCGCCCCCACGCGGGACCUGGACGGGGCGGCCCCCGCCGCGGGCCAAGUGCCAGCGGGGCCAGGGACGAAGACCCGUGGGAAGUCGAGGGGGGAGGCCAGGAAGUGGGCGUCGCCGGAGAGGGUCGCGACGAGGAAGAAGCCGCAAACGAGGGACACCGAGAGGGCGAGGAAAAAGUCGGCGCACGGGCGAAAGCGAGCUAUGCCGGUGGGCUUGUCCUCGAGCCGCGGGUGGGGCUCUACGACACCUUCGUCCUUCUCCUGGACUUCAACUCGCUGUACCCCUCCAUCAUCCAAGAAUACAACGUCUGCUUUUCGACUGUGAAGAGGCCCGUGCGCACGAGGAUAUCGCGCGUGCAGGCGACCAACGGCCCAGACGGGGAAAUCGCCGACGCUUUCCGCGAGCCAGACGACAGGAAUCUCCCGCAUGCAGCGGAGGAGGACGUCCAAGGCAUCGCCUCCACCCCGGGGCUUCUCCCGCGCAUUCUGCGCCAACUGGUGCAGAGACGCCGAGCGGUGAAGGCGUCGAUGAAGGGCGAAAGCAACCCAGUGAAACGCGCCACGCAGGAAAUCAAACAACUCGCUCUGAAACUCACGGCCAACAGCAUCUACGGGUGCCUCGGCUUCAGCCGCAGUCGCUUCUACGCAAAGGAAAUCGCCGCAUUCAUCACCCAACAAGGCAGAAACAUUCUCAUGGCCGCCAAAGACAAGGUGGAAAGAAUUCUACGCCUUGAAGUCGUCUACGGUGACACCGAUUCAAUUAUGAUCAACACGGGGUUGCAUGACGACGGCGGGGAGGGGAAGACAUACGCGGCAGCGGUGCGGCUCGGCGAGCAAGUGAAGGCGGAAAUCAACAAAAGUUACAAGAAGUUAGAGAUAGAUCUGGAGGGGGUGUUCCGGCGUCUCUUGCUUCUGAAGAAGAAAAAGUACGUGUGCUGCAUCGUGGUGGACUACGCAAAGCGUCAAUACAAACUCGAGCAGAAGGGGUUGGACAUUGUGCGUCGAGACUGGGCGAAGCUGACAAAGGUGGUGGGGAACCAGCUGCUGCAAAUCAUCUUCCGGAUUGCCCAGAAAGACGCCGCGCUAGCGCCUGUGUCCACACCCGCAGCUGACGCUUCCAAGGACGAGAAGGCGAAGAGCAACGAGACGAAAUAUGCCGUCGACACCGUGGUUGAAGAACUCCACGAGAAACUGCGAGAAGUCGGGAAGCAACUGCGGGCUGGAGGCGUGCCUCUUGAGUUUUUCGUCAUUACGAAGGCACUGACGAAGCCGCCGCAAAUGUACGCCCGAGGUGCUGGCGGCGCGAUCAUGCACCCGCAUGUCCAGGUGGCGUUGCGCAUGCAGAGUAGGGGCCUGUCCGUGAAGCCGGGCAACGAAAUUCCCUACGUGAUUUGCUCCGAGGCGAGCGUUCGUGCAUUCCUUGCAGCGAAAAGUGAGGCGGAGGGCGGCAAAGGCGGCGAGCCGGGCGCAGGGCAAGAAGCCGGAAACCGCGAAGCAGACACCGCGGAGAAGGCGAAGGAAGGGAGAAGCGGCCCUCUCAGUCCGGCAGAGCGCGCAUUUCACCCGCGAGAAGUCGCAGGCAACCCACUUCUGAAAAUUGAUGCGGAAUACUACCUCGAGCAGCAGCUGCUUCCUCCGAUUCAACGCAUGUGUGCGUUCGUUGAGGGGACAAGCGCGAGCCGGCUAGCUGAAUGUCUAGGCCUCGAUGGCAGCAAACACACCCGCCUCGAAGGAACAAUUGGAGAAACCGACGAUUGCAGCCGAGACGCCAGAGAGAAGGCGGGCGAGGAACGCAUCAUGGCCCUCAUUUCCAAAAGCGAAGAAAAAUACAAAAUGUACAAACUCCCUAUUAACUUGCCCUGUGUGGCAUGUAAAGCCACUAUUAUGGGCAAAGACGUUCUGCAGUUUAUGCGGUGUCCUUCGUGUACCUGGUGGAUAUCGCCGUCGAAUCUGCGGAACUUCGUGCGCCUCACUUUGGCGGCGCUCCAGAACAAGUUUGGUCGACCCCGUCUUAGGUGUUCGUCUUGUCACGAGCGAUUUGACCGGUGUCCACCGGCUUCGUCGUUUGCAUCGGGGCUGCGCUCUCGAUUUGUCUGUCCCCGAUGCGAAGAAGGAGACCUGCGCGAAGAGCUGAAUUGUCACGACUUGUACAUGUACUUGGACGAAAUGCAGUUUUAUCUCUCCGGCGACGUCACAGCCCAGCAGAUGGUCUUGGCUGAGAGAGAAAUGGAGCGCAACCCCGAGAUGACUGCCUCGAUCAUGCGCUUCCGUCGAGCAACAGUUGGAGACGGAGUAGGUGCGGGGGGUCGAGUUCCGCAGUCGGGAAAAGAUGCCUGGCUCGUCCCCGUGGGCGUCGACCCCAAUCUGGUUACGACGGUCCUCGAGGAAGGACGGGGAAAGCCACCGACGCUGCGCGAACGCCCGGAAAUGCGCGACUGCCUCGAGUCGACUUAUAAACGGGUGCGCGAGGCCGAGGUGCCCCCCGUCAAACGCGGCGUCGAACUUCGCUUCCCCCAUGCAGUCGCCGCCUAUGUAUACCUCGAAAAAAUGAAGCACGGAGCCACCUGGGUCGACAUGCAACUGGAAAGAGAAAAACUACAAAAGAUGGUUGAUGCAACUUUGGCUCAAAACGCGUACAGAAUGAUCGAAAUGCGCGGCAUUAUGUGUGUGAUGCAACCGAAUGUUUCGGUGGAUCCCACAAAGCAAAGGUGGAACGUUCUGCGAUGUUUGAAUCGCGUGAAAGCGCGCGAACAAGAACGGAAGUGGUGGGGGGACGGUCUUCGACAGCGAGGCUCUUCCCUGUUCUCUCAGCUGGAAACAAGCUUUGGGGUGGAUCAGAAGAAGGAGGAAAAAAUAUUCGGUCAACAAAAACUCCACACGAGUCUAACCCGCCGUUUCUCGGAUAUCGCCGUCAAAAGAGAGGGCGUGGAAGAAUAAAGACUAGUUUUCUGACGGAGAUCGGCUGCUUACGCGACGCACCUGGAAGCGUAGCCUGUCUUCUUUCUGUGGUUCGCUACGGGUGUCUGGUGUUUUGUUGAUGUGUAGCUGAGCACAUGCAUGCCAAUGUUGAAAGAGGCGGACGGGAGAGUCAAGGCAUGAAACGCACUACUCACCACGGCUGAGAACUUCCAUAAGUGCGGUUCAUAGUGCAGUGUGUUCCUUUUCUCCCGCGGGAUUCCUUUUUUGUCAUCAUGUUCUCUUUUCUCGAGUUCCUCCGAUCAUUCUCCCGCAGCAUUUUAACGUGUUCGUGAUGCGAUGAGAAACAGACCCUUGAGAGUGAUCACCGGAGAAACUCCCGUGGUGGAAGCUUGUAGUUCAGUGGCGGUGUCCGGCUGUCCACGAAGAAUAAUAGACCUUUGCCUUGGUGAAGGUGAAAUCGUCGUCGCAUGCAUUCGAACAGAGGAGUCGCUUUACUCUGGGUCGCGCGGCGUGGUGAUACUCUCAAAUUAGGUCUUAG